AAAAUGGUUUGCAAAGGAUGUGGAGCAAACUGCAAAUGCAAGGACACCAAGUGCGGCGACAAUUGUCCCUGCAGUCAGGACUGCAAAUGCGUUUGCAAAAAUGGACCCAAGGAUCAGUGUUGCAAGACCAAAUAGAUAUAUACAUAGAUUCGCCAAUCAUAUGAAACUAAAUAAAUAAAAAGGCAGCAACCAAAAACCUCAAGUCAAACCCACAAAUUUCCCUAGGA